CCCCGAUGAUGAGUUAUAGUUGCUGCUUGUCCAAGCUUGGAAAACGGACAUGGAGGGUGAUUUUUUGGGGAUCCUGUUCGGGGAAGUGCACGACGGCCACCUGGCGACCAUCACGGACGAUUUGCUGGUGUUUUUGAGCCAACUACUCAACUAUCUGCCAUUGAAGAUUCUCUCGCACUGUGAGGAGAAACCAGGGACAGCCACGCUCGUUCGCACGUUGGAGCCCGCGUGUACGGAGUUGGAGGAAGGAAGCUACUACAUGCCCUCGGCAGGUGCGUAUCUACACGUCGACAUGACCGAUCUUUCCACGUGGGACCCGCUCAUCCGGCGUGCUCCUGCCGGAGAGACGAGUGGAGAAGAGGAGGAGGACGACGAAGAAGAAGCAUCGGCAGAGGAAGAAGAUCGGAAAUCUGAUCCCGAUUAUCGAGGAUCGAAGGACGAAGAGUUAGAGGAGGCCGGUUCGGAGGAGGAGGCAGACGAAGAAGAAAACGCGUCGAGGGAUUCAAAUGAACUGGCCGAGCUAACCAGGGAGGAACAGGAAGCCGCGGCCCAGAGACGGCGAGAGGCCGCAGAGGGCAAACGACCGAUCAUGGAAUCAGGGCCGCCGUCGCAACUGCUGCAGGGCAAUCCGACACUCAACCCGGAGCUGCCGCGACAAGAAGACGAAGAUUCCUCCAAGGUGAAGAACAAAGUGGGACAUUCGAAUCCGRGCAGGGCUGUUUCAGCACGGCCAAGUCAAUCACGCGGCAGCGUAGGGGGACCAACAGCGCCUGGGGUUGUGUUCGCUGAGGAACCAGAAUUUGAGACGCAGGUCGACGACGAGAUGAACGAAGAUUUUGACGAUGAAGAGGUGGCAGUUGAGGAAGAGGAGGAAGAGGAGGCAGAAGAGGAGGAAGAGGAGGCACAAGAGAAGGAAGAGGAGGAAGAGAAGGAAGAAAAGGAAGAGGAGGAAGGAGAAGAGGGAGAAGAGAAAGAAGAGGAGGAAGUGGAGGAAGAGGAGGAAGGAGAGGAGGAAGAUAUGGAGAUUGCCUCUGCUGGAGUAAAGUUGUGCGUGCAGUCGGAGAACAAGGCACAGUAUAAGUGCUACGGCGAGAUCGUCUGUGCGAGUUGGAUUUUUGAGAACAAGCAGUACUUUGCUGAAAUUUGGGUCAUUGCUGCCAACAAGCUUGUGAGCUUCAUACUUCGAAAGAAGAAAUUCGUGCCCAGCAAAUUUCCAAUAGAGAACAAAAAGUUCACGGCAGCAAACAAGGACUUCAAGACAUGUGUGGAGUCAUCAGGACCUCUGGAGAGAGGAUCGGGCACGGAAGCGAGGGGUGGAAAAAAGAAGAUGUGCACUACUAAGCCUGCUGCGUUUGACAAAGGGAGAGGGAAAGCUACCACGUCUGAGAAAGGGAAAGGGAAAGGUACUGCGUCUGGGAAAGAGAAAGAGAAAGUUGCACAAGAGGAGCUGCAAGUACCUCGAGGUCUCGUGCCAGGCGAACUUACCGACGAGAUGGCACGGGCCUGGGACGAACUUCAAAGUUUGCAGCAGAAGAAAAUCUCCCAAGAGCCAUUUUAUCUGCCCAUGACAUGUCUCAAGAGACCAUCGGUGGAUGGGACCGGAAACAGGUCUUUGGAGGUUCGGGAGCCCGAUGAAGAUCAUGUCUCGACGCUCAUGGACUCCAUGAUCGCUUGCCCGACUGGAGAUCAUCUUCCCUUUGUUGGUGUCGUGGAUCCAGAGGAAGUGAAAGACAAGUCGGAAGUGGAUCUCGACCGGUUGAGAAGGGGCGGCUACAACAUUUACGCGCUUGGAGGUGGACAUUGUCGGGAGGCGAGAGAACGACCGAGACAGAUCUACCCGGAUAUGGACGACUACAACUGGAAUGUUUGCUAUGUCUAUGCAGGUCUUUCGACGGAUGAGGCAAGGCAGAUGGCACACAAGCACAAUCUGGCAGCUCGCUACCACAGAGACAUGAACUUCAUCGAAAAGAUGAAAUGCUGGCGGAAUGUCUUCGAACGAAAGGGCUCUGUGAAGAUUGCGGAUGUCAAGAUAGCUUGCCUGCGCGAAUAUGGGAUACCAGUCAAUCCAAAGAAGAUGUAGACCAAUGACCCGCUGUUGCAGAUUGCCAUGUGCCCGAAAGAGAUCUGGGACCUGCAGUUGAAGAAUUUUGAGAUGUGGAAGAGGGGAGAGGCGAAGGACCAGAAAUUGAAGCCUGUGGCAAAGAGCCAGAUUCGUACGGAGGUCACUCCAGAAUCCAGCGAAUCUGAAGGCGGGAAGCAGACAAGGGAAGAGAAAAGGCUGGACAAGGCAGCGGCAAGGGAAUAGGAGAUGGCGUUUUUCAAUCCCCACCUGAAGUUAAAGGACAACAAAAUCCCGAUGGUGCC